CUUGCUCUAAUUUCAGUGAUGGAGGUGGCAUUCAACUUCAUUUCUUUCGUCUUCUUUCUUUCUUUUUUCAUUUUACUCCACACACUGUGGAGGAAGAAGGCAAAAACCCGCCGGAAUCUGCCACCGGGGCCGCCGAAGCUGCCGAUCAUCGGAAACCUGCACCAAUUCAUGUCAGAUUCACAGAAACCCACCCACCGUGUCCUGGGAGAGUUGGUAAAAAAAUACGGCUCCCAGGGAAUGAUGAAGCUUCAAAUCGGAGAAAUUUCAGCUGUGGUGGUAUCUUCGCCGGCGGUGGCUAAAGAGUUGCUAAGAACCCACGACCUAACUUUCGCGACCAAGUUGCAGUCUCUGGCCGGUAAAACACUAUUUUACAAUGGUUUGGGCGUUGCGCUUACUCCGUACGGUGAUUAUUGGAGACAAUUGCGGAAAGUAUACGCCACAGAGCUCCUCAACGCUAAAAAUGUCCGGUCGUUCAGUUCAAUCAGGCACGAUGAGAUCCAUUGUCUAUUGGCCCAUCUCCGUUCAUCUUCCGGCCAGUUGGUGAAUCUCACUGGCAGAAUCUUCUUACUUAUGUCCUCCAUUAUAUGCAAAUCUGCAUUUGGUAAGGUAUUCACCGGGAGAGAAGAGUUCUUAGAGCAAAUAAAGGAAAUAUCGGAGUUGCUGGGGAAAUUUGAUUUCGCCGAUGUGUUUCCGUCUUGGAAGGUUCUUCACGGCCUGUGCAGCAACAAGACCAGGAUCAUGAAAACUCACCGAAAAGUAGACGGAAUUAUUGAAAACAUCAUAAAAGAGCACAGAGAGAAGUUGGAAAGUGGUGAUUGUUUAAUUGAUCUCCUCAUAACACAAAUGGAUAAGGGUGGCCUUCAACUGCCCAUCACUCAUGACAGCAUCAAAGGCGUAAUUGCUGAAAUAUUUACAGCAGGAAGUGAGACAUCAGCAACAACAACUGUGUGGGCAAUGUCGGAAACGAUGAAGAAUCCCAGGGUUUUGGCCAAAGCCCAGGCUGAGGUGAGAGAAGCUUUCAGAGGGAAAGAGAAGUUAGAGGAGGAAGAUAUGGAGGAAUUACAAUACUUGAAAUCAGUGGUAAAAGAAACCUUAAGGUUUCAUCCUCCGGUUCCUUUGUUAACACCCAGAGAGUGCAUGGAAGAAACUAUGGUGUGCGGAUACACCAUACCGCUCAAAUCAAAGGUAUUGAUUAAUGUGUGGGCUAUGUGUAGGGACCCCCAAUAUUGGGAAGAUCCAGAGAGCUUUAUACCCGAGAGAUUUGAGAAGAAUAGUUCAAUUGAUUUUAUAGGAAAUCACUUUGAAUUUUUACCUUUUGGCGGUGGAAGGAGAAUAUGUCCGGGACUUGGGUUUGGGUUUGCCAACGCUUUGUCACCUUUAGCACACUUGCUCUUCCACUUUGAUUGGAAGCUCCCUCCUGGAGUUACUGCUGAUACAUUGGACAUGACGGAAAUGAACGGAGUAACUGUUACAAGAAAGAAUGAUCUUUUCUUGAUUCCUACUCCCAUCCAUCUUGUAAAGUAAUAUACAUAUAUACUUACUCUACCAAAUAAAAUCCCACCUAGCUAGCUAGCAUGAUGGGAUAAUGUUUUGCAAACAGCUUGAAUAUUAAUGUACCUCGUCCUAUUUACUAAUUACAUAUAUAAUACGAUCGAAUUCUUGUUU